GACGUAUCUACAUUAAAAGCACGAAUUAAGUUACAUUGUAUGCGACAACGCAACGCACAGAUGACGAAUAAAAUUCUAGUUUUUCAUUACUUCAAAAUUAUACGAUACAACACUCGGAUUAAGUAAUUUUUUUUCGCGGUUGUGCUUAGAUAGGCCAAGUAGUUAAUUUUGGGUUUUCAUUAUUCGACAUCAUGAUCUUUUUUAAAACUAUUAUUUCGAUAACAUGGAUACUUUUAACUUCGAGUAUGGUGUUUUCUUCCAACUCCUCUUCUGAAGAAGAAUUACGCAAUAAGUAUUGGCAAGAAAUGUACUUAGGGAUAACUGAUCGCCAGGAUGAGUACUUUGUACAGAAGCUGGAUCAUCUCGACCCAACUAAUGGAGAUACCUGGUUACAACGUUAUUGGGUCAAUUCAAAGUAUCAUAAAAAAGGUGGUCCUGCAUUUCUAUGGUUAAAUGGCGAAGGUCCAGGUACAGAUAUCUUGAUUACUGCUGGACGAUGGAAAUCAUACGCGGAAUACUUCAACGCCACUCUUUUCUCAUUGGAGCAUCGAUUUUAUGGCCAAAGCAUGCCAAAAAAUGAUACAAGAACCGAGCACCUGGUUUAUUUGAGUAGCAAACAGGCUGUAGCCGAUAUCGCUAAUUUCAUUCAAGGAAUGUCUGCGAAAUACGCUUUGCCUAAUAAUACCAAAUGGAUUUUGACUGGAUGUUCAUAUUCUGGGUCUUUGGCUGCUUGGGCUCGUCUCAAGUAUCCUCAACUAGUGCAUGGAGCGGUUUCUUCGAGCGCUCCACUUUUGGCAAAAAAGGAUUUCACAGAAUAUUAUCAAGUGGUCAAAACUUCGUUUGACUUCUACAAACCGAAAUGUUCCAGCAAAAUAGCUGAAGCUAAUCGUCAACUGGACCUUUUAAUCAAAAAUGAUGAAGGCCGAAAGCAAGCCACAAAAUUACUCAACUUAUGCAGCGAACUGAAAAACAAUACAGAUGAUACAUCGACAUUUUUCAAUAGAGUUGCCGAACUUUUUGCAGAGGCUGCACUAUUCAACAACAAAAUGAAAAUUGAAACUCUAUGUGAUAAAAUGGCGUCUCAAAAUGCUACAACACUGCAAUCAUACUCAGAUGCUAUUUCAUACGCGUUGAACGAAUCUAGUUCACAUUGUUUAUUGAACAGCUUUCAAAAUAAAAUUGAUGAAUUGAAUCAAAUACCCCAGAGAAAAAGUUAUCCGUCUUCAGCCAGGCAAUGGCUUUACCAAACAUGUACAGAAUUUGGUUGGUAUCCUGUUUCUAACAUAUCUUCAGAUUUUUUUCUACCCCAUAUUUCGACGGAAUUCUACAUCAAACAGUGUAAAGAAGUGGUCGGUCCAGAGUUCAAUGAGUCGUUAUUGGAGAAGGCAGUCAAUGAGACUAAUAAUUUUUAUGGAGGAUUGAAGAUGAACGUUGGAAACGUGGUAUUUGUUCACGGAUCAAUUGACCCUUGGCGUUCUAUUGGUAUCACUCGCGCUGAAAUUCCAAAUGCAUCUUACCAGACCAUCUAUAUCAAUGACCAGUUUAUUUGUUUCAGGAUCAGGCCACUGCGAUGAUAUGAACCCAUUCAUUACCGAAACUGAAGAUUUGAAAAUAGUCCGUAGAAAAAUUAAGAGGAUGUUGAAAUCUUGGUUACACAAUAAGUGACUUGGAAGAUAUGUAACCCAAAAUUUGAUUUAAUUGUGGUUAUUUUAUUCUAAUACACAUUACAUUUCCUUACAAUCAGAGUAGGAAGUUCAUUAGUUCAACCAAUAAAUUUAAAGCAUUUUCAUGGGAGAAGUUGAACUGAAAGAUUAGAUUGUAACAUGUAUUUGAAACAAAAAUUAAAUUUGAGUGAUUUCUCA